AAACAUUCAUCAAAUCUGUCUCUCAAAUGUCAUCGCUCCGCUGCCAAAAUAAUACUGGGGCUGGCGGUUAAGUUUAAUUCAUUGUUGAAAGUUGUUCUCUUUUUUGUUUUUUCCAAGUGAAUGUAUAACAUUUUAUUGGAACUUUAUAUUGUAGUGUGUCUCAUAAAAUAGUUGAGCUACGAAUUGUAAAUGCCGCGGGUUGCUAAGGCGGCAAAAGGCGGUGCGGCGUCCGGUGCAGGCAAAGGUGCCGGAGCCGCCGCCAAGAAGAAAAAUGGAUAUGUGAAAUCUGAGAAAAUUCCACUUGGCGAGAUUCUAACUGAUUUAUCUGGCCAGGGCUGGAAGAUUGGCCCGUCAAUUGGCUCGGGGGGUUUUGGGGAUAUUUACUGUGCAUGCAAAGCUGGCAGCAGCGGGAAGAAGGACUAUGAUUGCGUUAUUAAGAUUGAGCCCCACGGCAAUGGACCUUUGUUCGUUGAAAUGCAUUUUUACAUGCGGAAUGCCAGACAGGAGGACAUAAAGUCCUUUUGUGCUAAGCACAAACUCAAAAUGCUUGGAAUGCCUCACAUAAUCGGCUCUGGAUCGCACACAAUAAAUGGCGAGAAGCAUCGUUUCCUCGUCAUUCCCCGAUAUGGAAAGGACAUUUGGAGUUUCUUCUUGUCUAACGGCAAACGCCUCCCUCAACACACGAUCUACCGGAUCGCCAUACAAAUGCUUGACGUGUACGAGUAUAUCCACUCCAACACUUAUGUCCACGCUGACUUGAAGGGUGCCAACAUCCUUUUGGAUUACACAGGGAAACACUCCGACCAGGUCUACCUGGUGGAUUUCGGUCUGGCUUGUCAUUACACAACCUCAGAUUAUAAGCCGGAUCCUCGGAAAAUGCACAAUGGCACAAUUGAAUACACGUCGAGGGAUGCGCACAACGGUGUACCCACCAGACGCGGUGAUUUCGAGAUAUUAGGAUAUAAUUUGAUUCAUUGGUCAGGCGUGGAGUUGCCUUGGGAAACACAGAAACUACUUGCAAACCCACAGAAAGUUCAGAAGGCAAAGGAAGAAUUUAUGAAGGAUGUUGGCGGAUCAUUGAGUAAAUUGUUUGAUAAAAAUCCUCCGAGUCCAGUCAAGCAAUUUAUGGACUACGUUCAAUCGAUGGACUACAAACAAACUCCCGAUUAUGAGAAAUGCCGAAAAAUAUUCCAAGCCGGCUUAAAAUCCUUGAAUAAGACCAACUCAGGUCCCUUGGAAGUGACACUAGGCAAAUCUCCUCCGAAGCAGCAGAAGCGGCCUAUUGUCGAAGAGGAAAGCGAAAACGAGAGCGAAAGUGAACCCGAGACCUCUCGUAAACCUUCCCCCGUCAAAUUGCGUUCAAGCGCGACUCCAUCCAAGCGAACUCGACCUGCAGACGCAAAAUCACCGAUCUCACCGUCUCGUCGAAGGUUUAAAGCGAAUGUAUCGCCCCAACGAAUGGCUAGUCCUGCAAAGAGCAUAACCUCUCGCCUACGACAGCACAUUACACCGACACUGAACAUUUCCACAAGAAGCGGCACUUCAUCACCUGCAGACCGAAAACCGGGAAAGACGAUUGUAAAUGACAACGUCACUCCGAACCCGAGGAGCAAUAAAACGUACGAGUUCAAUUUUGAGUUGGACGUGAGUUUAGAUGCGAACGUGGUCGUGAAUGUUAAGCGGAAGAAGAAAGCCCCAUCAUCUAAGGCAUCUGAGCCAGUGACCAGCACGCGGGGUGAGAGCAAAGAGAAUGUGAAGCGUAAUCAGAAAGAAGAUUCGGAUUCGGAAGUGCCACCAAGCCCAGUAGAUUCACCGCUUCCGAGGGUGAGUGUGCGUCGAUUGCAGACGUCGGCUGAGAGUCCUGCCCGAAGUCCACGUGUCACGUAUCGACGAGUUAAGUAGUGGUCCUAUAUGGCAAUCUUGUGUCUAUGCUAGACUCGUUACUGUUUGUGUUUACAACAUAAUUAUUACAAUGUAUGAUUUUUUUUAAAUAAAUUAAAUCGCAACUGUUUUUUGAAAUGAA